AUGGUGGACCCACAGAGGAGCGACAGCGACGGGGCGGCCGAGCUGAGAGAACACGACGAUGGGCAGAGCCUGUUGGGCCGCGCGGACUCAGACGCCGCCACUUGCGGCUGCAUUCCCGUCAUGCGCGCCGUGGCCGGCGCGAGGGAUGUCGCGAGGCAUUCUGGCGCGGACAGCGGCCCAUCAGACGGUGGCGCGAGAGACGGCGAAUCGUCUCACGCUCGGACGCCGGAUCUCGAACCCGCGGUUUCAUCAGAUUGCGAGAUGCCGCGAGACGCGGCGGCUGCAGGAGCAGACAGAGCAUCGGAUUCACCGCGCGCGCGACCGCAGCGGUUGGAUGAUCCGCUGAGGAACGCCGCGGAGAUCGAUGGGUGCUCUGUGGGCGUCACUCUCGAGCCGCCUUCGCACGACGACUCGGUUGCCGCGGAGCCGAAGCCUCCCGUGGCGAAGCUUCCUCGAAUGUCCAUUGGCGAGCUCUCCGUCACGACAUACAGCUACAUCAGCCACCGCGCGUUCGUGCGAGAGCUGCUCUGCUCCUGCUGCUCGCGCCACGCAACCACAUGCGCUGCUCGCACCGGCCGUCACUGUAACGGGUGUGACUGUAGCAGUGGCAGCAGCACGAGGCACGGCGGCAGCAGCAGCAGCAGGUUGGCGGGAUGGGCGGAGGUGGCUUUGGAUCGAGUGAGCAUCGUGGCGCAUCUGACCACUUUCUCCUUCCUCGGGGUCGCAGUGCAGCACGGCAUGGACCUGCUGUUUGGCCCCGAGGUCGCAGUGCAGCACGGCAUGGACCUGCUGUUUGGCCCCGAGGUGGCGCAUGUGACGAGCAACCAGCAGGCCAUCUUCAUCGACCUGCCCGCCAACAUGCUGGGCUGCUUCCUGCUGGGCAUGCUGGGGGUGGUGUUCCUACCGGCGCUGCUCACACACUCGCGGCACCUGGCGAUAGGGCUGGUGGUGGGGCUGUGCGGCAGCAUCUCCACCUGCGCCACGUGGAACCAGCGCAUGCUCGCCAUCGCCACGGCCGGCCUCUGGGUCCGCGCCCUCUUCGGCUACUACGCAGGGUCCGUGCUGCCCAUCAUCUCCGUCGUCGCAGGGGCAGACACCGCCCACAACCUCUGCUCUCUCCACUCCUACCUCUCUCCCCGCUCCCCGUCCCCACACUCCUCACCCUCCCCUUCUCUCCUUCCAACCGCCAACCCCACACCACCUUAUACCUCCUCUCCUUCCCGUCGCCCAUCCCCCUCACAACCCACCUCCCCGCCCUUCUCCCCAUCAUCAUUACCUGCCCGCCGCCACCUCAUCCCCAUGCUGCUGUGCGCACUUUCCCUCUGGGGGGCGGCCAUCACGGGGGCAGUGCUCGCCGCCGCACACAGCGCCAGCCUGCAGGCCUUCUGCCUCGCCUGCGCGCUCGCCCCCCUCGGCACCUGCCUGCGCUGGUCCCUGCUGCCCCUCAACGGGGCUGGCCUUGGCACUUGGUUCCCUAGGGCGAUUGGGAGGUGGAAGGGGGUGAGUGGAGCGGUGGGGAGGAAGGGUGCAGGGAAGCCGGAGGGGGGUACGGAGGCGGUUGCGUGGAUGCCGUGGGGGACCCUUACAGCCAACGUGGGGGCCGCUGCUUUGGAAGCUGCGAUCUCCGUGGCGUAUCUUGCGGUCCACACGGUGUUUGACCUCUGCCUGCGCCUGAGUUUUGCGCACUCGUUUGUGGCACACAUGCAGGUCAAGACACAUGCUUCGCAAGUCAUUGUGGGGGGAGUGCAGCUGGGGUUCCUGACAGGGCUCAGCACAGUGUCCAUGUUCUCCCUCGAGAUUCUCUACUUCCACUACACCCUUGGGACCCCGUGGCGCUCGUACGUGUACAUCCUUACCCUCGCGACGCUCGUCGCAGCGCUCGCCGUCCUUGCUCCCGCUAGUGCCACCACGUACCGAUCCACGUUCAGCGACGGAAUUAACUCCGGCGGCGGCGCGUGCUACUACGAGGGCAACUUCCGCGACUCGGAAUAUUUCUACAAAGGGCUGACCGCGUACCUGCCCCAAAAUAAGUACGACGGCGGCAAGGGCUGCGGCACGUGCUACGAGAUCGAGUGCAAGAACCACAAGAGCUGCCGAAGCGGCAGCGUGAUCGUGCGCGCGACCGGCCGGCACGGCGACGACCAAUUCCUCCUCGCCUCCACCGCGUGGGACAAAAUCGUCCGCGGCCGCGACGCGGGAAACGUGGAGAUUAAGUUCCGCAGCGUCGACUGCCCGAAGAACGGCGACAUCGGGGUGAAGAUCAUGCCCGGGACGAACCAGUACUGGUUCGCGGUUCAGAUUCUGGGCGCCGCGAAAGCCGGCGGCGUCGAGGGCGUGGAACUAUCGAAGGACGGCAAGAAGUGGAGCAAGAUGAAGCGGCUUGCGGAGAGCGCCACAUGGGCCUUGGAUCCCGCGAAGGAGAUCGUGGAUGCGGGGAAGAAGGUGAGCGUGCGCGUGACGGCGGUGGGCGGCGCGCGCGUGGAACUGAAGGACGUCAUUCCCGAGAAGUGGACCGUUGGGAACACGUACAAGAGCAGCACCAACUUCUAG